AUGGCAAUCCCAAACGACUCUAGAUUAUGUACUCCCCUGGCCAUUGGCAAGAUCUCGAACCCUUGGCGGCUGAACAUUUGGAGGAAGAAAGCUUCAGACCUGAAGUGGCUAGGAGCUUUGGUCCACCAGGAAAAACAGAAUACAGCGAACUUUUGGAAAUGCCGUGUUGCCCCGCUGGUUCCGAAUGGCUCAGCCGACCGUAUUCCGGUCUUCUUUACUAAGCUAUGGGAUAAGGAAACAGAGACCUUUGAUGACUACCUUAUCCGCGUCGCCAAUACUAACGAUGCCGCUGAAUACGACUUCAGACGAGUGAUUCGUUCUGUCAAGCCACACUUAGUCAAGUUCCAGAUUAUCGACUCGACCCGGCAAGACAAGCGCAACCCGGUUUCCUUGGAAAGACUCAAUUUCGCGGCCAAGAAUAAGGUAUACACUGCUUGGAACGAGCUGUGGAAACGCGUAAUAUCUUUCAAUAACUUAUACGAAAUUAAGAGCCAGGACACGUUCGCCGGCAUCCGCGACCAGGUCCGCAACCCUGAACAAUACAUGCGGCUUAACACCCAGCAAGCCCAGGGUAUGACUGCGGCCCGUGACGCGAAAGGAGCCAUUCUUCUAGUCGAAGGUGCCCCGGGCGCGGGUAAGAGUCAUUUCAACUACCAAUUUAUCAAGUCAUCCAAUUCUAGACCCAUUCUUUCGACAGCCAGUAGCAACGACGCUAUCGAUGUACUUGUGAGAAGCACCGCAACGAAAGCUAAGCGUUUUAUCCGUCUCUACUCCAAUACCGCUGAAAAAAGCAUCCGCUCUCGCCACAUUCGGGUAACUCUCGAGAAAGACGCGAAUGCUCGCCCUGAUAUCGAAUCGGCUGAAGACAUCAUAGAGAUGAGCAAUAUUGAAUCGAUCAUUCGGAAACUGUUCGAUAUCGAACGCGCGCACACGUUCUUUAGUAUUUUCGACCGACGUGUCAAAGAUCUCACUUUCGCUCUUGGAGAAGCUCUUUUACAGGAGACAGGUAUCAUCCACGACCCGGCCUACACUCCGGCAGAUGCUGGAAUGUAA